AAAAACCCCAACCGGAAGUCGUAAGUUAAUAAGACCAAGAAGAUUGUGAACAGAAGUUAUAUUUGUCACAGCAAUUUAAGAUUUGUUCUGUUUUAUAAAGGUGACUGUCUGCCAGUAAGGAAACCAAGAUGAUGGAUGUAAUGGUAAAGACCUUAGAUGGUCAGAACAAAAACUACAGCCUUCCUGAAAAUAUUACAGUGAAGGAAUUUAAAGAGAGGAUUGCCAACUCGAUAGGUAUAGCAGCAGAUACACAACGACUUAUUUUCCAUGGCCGCGUCAUGCAGGAUGAAAAACUCCUCAAAGACUAUGACGUGCAUGGUAAAGUGAUCCAUGUUGUGCACCGCCCGCCUCCAUCUUCACGCACGCAGACAUCCAGUACUGAGACUCCACCGUCUAGAGGGAAUAGCGGAAUUCCACACAUGAACAACGUUGUGGUUGGUUCCUUCACUCUCCCAUCUGAUAUUCUCGAUCCUAAUCAGGUGCAGAACAUUGUGCAGCAAGCCGUGUCGGACAUGGGAGAAGACUGGAGAAAUGCUCACGUGUCGGCAAGAACCUCAACUGAUGGGUCUUCGGUAGACGUACACAUCAAUCUUGGUCAGGUUCCAUCGAACCCGAUCGUGGACAGUGAAGGACAGAUGCAGCUGAACAGAGCUCGACAGAUGCUCGGGUUGGCUAGAGAGGCGGUGUACAGACUAGAACAUCCCCCUGGUUCCGGUGGGAGUGACCAGGCAGAGGUGGAGGAGGAUGAGGAGGAUGUGGAACUGGAUGAAGAAGAAAGCGAGGAGGCGUCUGCUCCGGACACAGCCACAGACCAGUCACCUCCCACUACAGCCUCACAGAACAACAACUCUGCACCAGACUCGGCAUCGCCCAUGGAAACAUCGCCAGAUGCCGCCAACAGCUCGGCCACAAGUCAGCAAACGCCAGCUGCUAGUAGUAGUGAAAGAAGAGACCCAAGGACAACCGGCCAGUCAGAAUCUAGAAGCAAUACUUCAAGUUCCACGUCUGCUGGUGCCGGGGAUGGCAAUCCAAACAGAAUUAAUCGACCGGCUUUCAGUUCCCUGGCUGACUACAUUGAGGAAGCAGAGUCUGUGAACACCCGACUACAGCCAUUCCUCGGUCAGCUGCGAGAUGUGGCCCGUCGAGAUCCCCAACUCACUGGAGAUGAAGUCCAUGAAAACCAGCGUUUGUUCAACCUGGUGUCUGAAGCUCUCCAUGCGAUUGGUCACAGCUACCACAGUGCUAGUGAUCUGAUGGUGAACAUCUCACAGCCACCGCCGCGCUACAUGUCGGCAAGUCCAGCUGUCGCUCGCAUGGGGCCUCCGCUCCUCCAUGGGUUACCUCCCCAUGGUAUUCCAGUUGGACCACAAGUUCCAACGGGUGCACCUACGUUCAUCCAUAUUCCAACAACUACGCCAGCAGCCUCUACACAAGCAUCUAAUGGGAAUGCAUCAUCUGCAACAAGAAGCUCUAGUGCUACAACAACAUCAACAGCAACCACGACUGCAAGUUCAGUCGCAGGUCAGUUCCCCGACAUGGCCAGUGUGACCGCGAGCUCCAGCCCCUAUCUGUUUGUGGAGGUGGGACCCGAGACGGUGACCGUCAACAGCAUAUCGGCCCAUGUGAUCGCUACCCGCAGGCCUGAUCAGGAAGAAGCAUCUAGUACGACGACAACAACAACAACAACAGCACCACCACCACCAACAACAACAAGUUCCUCUCAGCCAUCGUCGACACUGCCACAGUCAACCCCAACUACCCAGACAGCCUCCUCACAGCCAGCACCACCUCCCCAGCCCCAACAGGCUGCCAACGGGACGGGUCCGCAACAGAUUCACGGAAUGCCUCAGAUUCCUGGUCUUUUGUCAGACGUGAUGCAGAACAUCAUCAGCUCCGUGCUCCAGACACACGGUCACAGACCAGGUCAACCAGUGCAGGUGAAUGUUGUUCCGAUUCCUGUUCCGGCGUCUAGAGCCGGGGGUCUGCCUGCAGCUAUGUCUAUAUCGCGUGUUGUUAACACUAGUGCAGGAGCCACAGCCCAGCAGUCAUCAGCCAAUGGACAAACAACUGCUUCAGCUACAUCUACAGUUACUACACCAUCAACAGCUACAACGGCACAGAGAGCUGCGGGGACACAGACAACAUCCUCUUCGACAUCAGCUUCAACUGCUACAACACAAACACACAGCAAUUCCCAGCCACGGCCGGUGUUCAUUGGGCCAGGUCUUCUGCCAGGAGAUGCCAUGCCUGGAUUUAUACCACAGAUGAGGUCACACAUCGACCCCUUCCUGCCCUGCACAUCCAGACAUUUCCUCACACAGAGAACACGCAAUCUUGCUCAGAACCAGCAGAACCCGGAACAUAUGCUUGCAGAUAUGGUUGGCAAUUUGAUGACUGGCAUCAUAGGACACGGUAUUCCUCCAGCAGGCACAGGACCAAGGCCUGCAGCAGCGCCAUCUACAACAUCCACUUCGUCUGCUGCAGGGACAAGAGCUCCACCUGGUGGAGCAACACCAAGGGCAACAACUCAGACAACGCCCUCCCAGCCAGGUCCUAUACCAGCAAACCCAUUCGCCAGUCUGCUGGCCGGUACCUUCGGUGGAAUACCAGGUGUCACCAUUUCACAGUCGACUGGGGUGCCCCCUGCUGGCACUCCUGGUCAGCCGAACGUUUUUCAAAUGUUACAGUCAAUGUUGCAAACUGGAGCUGCUUCUACAACUGCAUCAAGACAAACCUCGACAACCUCAACGUCUACCACAAGUUCCUCCAGACCGACUUCAACAAGUUCCUCGACAACUGCUUCAGGACCGCCCCGCCCUUCCGCCAUGUCUGACGAGUUCUUUACACAGCUGGUCGGUGGGAUUGGCAGAUACAUGGGGCAGGCCGCCUCCGGGAGAGAAACCAAUGACACUGUGUCUCAGUUUCUGAACUCGUUCGGUGACCAGUAUAACAUUCAGCCAGGACAAGGGUUUCUGAAUGAUAUUUUCCACUGCUUGUCCCAGCACAUGACAUUCAGUGACAUGUUUGGCGUGUUCUUCGGCCAGCCUGGUUCAUUAAAUCAUCUACGUCAGCCUCUUCAGGACUUCGUUCGACACCGGUGUCUGCAUGAUAUGGAGCCAACUGAAGCCAACUUUAGCAAGGCAACUGAUGAUCUGGUUGAAGAAAUAACAUCAGAAUUUGUAGAGGCUGUGGCAACUGUUGAAGUUAAGCAAGAUAUUGAUUUAGUUGAAACACUAAAAAAGCUUUUCCGACACCACUUUUUAAAUUUGCAGAAACUCAUCAUAGAAUCUAAGGCUGACGAUGAAACAUUUGGACAAAGGCUUUAUGAGGGUACGAGGCGAUUGCUGGCCGAGUUUGUAAUGCUGACACCAAGUUGUCUUGUUGGUGGGAUGCCAGCAUUUGAGACAAUGAUGCAGUCCAGACUGCGCCACAUGACAACUGAUAUGAAUCCAAUGAUCCAGCAGUGGAUGGUGAGCAUGACAUCGCAGCAGAUUCAGAGUUUUGUGCGUCACGUGACGACCACGGAGUCAGAUGUAAGUCACUACAUAGUGCGCAGGACUAGUCAGCCAGCCAGAGAGAGUCCCAUGGAGACCAGUCCACCAGUGCCAAAACCGACUACUACUACCGGUGCCACCGCCGCCACCAAAAAGACAAAUGGUCCAGAAAGACCAAAGCUAAACAGCAUCACUCCCAGUGCGCUGCAUUCCGAGAGAGUGAAGCGGCCGUACAUGAACGGAGCGACUAGCGAUGGACAGUCGCCCUCACACAGUGAGUCACCAAUGUCUCCCGACAUGGAGGAUGAAAGCUGGCAGUCGGUAGUUCCUGCAGACUGGGUGCCAGUGAUCAACAAUGACAUUGCCCGGCAGAAAGAGUCCAAGUCUCAGCAUCCACAUAGUGAUGCUUACCUGCAUGGAAUGCCACCUAAACGAAGAAAGAUGAUGACCGCUGACAGACCUCCGAACAGUCUGACAAAUAUGUCCCAGUACAUGCCAGAAUCAGUGAGGAGGGCAGCCACUGUUGUUGGAGUCCAGCCAAUCAGCAGCCUGGAAAAUAUGACCAAUGAGGCUUCUGAAGAAGGCGACCUCCAUAAUGCCCUGGAGGGUGAAAUACAGCGAGUUAUAUUUGAGCGGUUGCAACGUGACUCUGACUAUGAUUCUACAAGGUUUCCACACGCAAGAGCUUACUAUCAAAACAAGAGUAAUAAGAAAUAAAGCAUGUCUGUGAUGCUGUGUGUUAGUGACUGGGGUGACGACUCGGUGUGGAGGGAUGGAUCAAUCCUAGACUUGGGACUACCCAUCAGUGUUGAUUUCCUACUGAGAAAGUUUCGUUCAGAUUUUCAUUUAUUGGAGAAGAUAAAAAUGCCAUGAAAAGUUUAAUAAAACUGUUUUCUACAGGAGUUUGUUUGAAACUCUGUUGUAGAAAUUUUGUCGAAAAGAUUUUUUAGCAAGGAGUGUGUUUGAAGCUGUUUUUAAUAGGUAGGUUUCUGCCAGGAUUUGUACUGCGAUGUGCUGCGGAGAAUUGUAUGCCAUAAACAUUAGAUAACAGGUUUUUCUUUUGAAUGUAUCGGAGAAUAUUUCAAUAUAUAUUACAGAAUGCAACAAUAACAAGUUGAUCAUUUGUGAUUCAUUAAUUAAGAACUUUUCUAUGAAUUGACUUUUGUAUAGGAUAUUUUACGCCUAUAGUACUUGCAUGCUUACAUAAAAUAAUAAAGUUAUCUUCAGCCUGUUAAAUAUUUCCUAGCUACAACUUGCAUCAUUAUCUCUCAUUGUCUGUUCUUUGGGUUUGAUUGGCUCUUUUAACUGCUUACUGUCAGUUUUGUUGCGUUUCUGCAGUAUAAAGUCAACAGUCGCAUUUUAUCUUGAAUUCAGGAUAUCUUCAAUGACACAGAUGGGGGAAAAUCACACCAUUGAACAGAACUUUAUGAGUAAUGGUCUUUCUUUCAUUUGGUGAUAAACUGUGAUGCAUCUUUAAACGAAAAUAUUUUAAAAUAGGUCAAAUGUUUAAUCUGUUUGUCUGUACAAUUUGAUAAGAGUAGUCUAGGAGGACAUUUGUUCAAUUCUGUAUAAGGACAAUCGAAUCACAGCUAGUAAUAAUCAUAUAAAGUAUAGUUUAAUGCUUUUAUCACCAUGAUUUUGCAUACAUUCACCUCGAGGAAAAAAAGGGUGUUUUUCAGUUUUGUUGAUAUUUUCUUUCAUUUGGUUUUAUUAUGUUAAUCUUGUAGAAUAAAAAGUAAAACAUGGCCCGAUUAUAUUUGCUUCACUUUUAUUUCCGAUUAUAUUUGCUUCACUUUUAUUUAUAUUAUUUCAUGCAAAUUUCCAGGGUUUUGGGGGGGGGGGUUGCCAACUUACACUAUUAAAUGAGAUUCUUGUUUUGACAUCUACUUGUCCCGUGUGAUCUAAAUAGCUAUUUUGAGUAGGAUUGAUUACUUAUAUAAAUAUUAUAUCGAUUCAUGUUUGUAAAUAGCAUAUAAUUUUAAGGGGUGUUAUCAUUUGUUAUUUUACAGAAGGAAUGCAGGGCUCACACUGGAACAAAUUUUGGUUUAGCCAAUUUUCAGAAAUGUAGAGUAUUUCCUUGA